GAGUGACCUAAACAGGAAGCCUGGCUAUUCCCAACUGCCAGUGAUCUCUGAAACCGGCUCUGAGGCUCCUCUUUGCUCCAACAGACAGAGCGACUUUGGGCUGGAUAAACGUCAAAUUCUUACCUCGCCCUUUCACCGCUGGCAGGAUCAGAUUGCAUUUCUUUCAUUAUUCUCCAUUCUCCAGUUUCUUGAUCUGUUUAAAAGAAGAAGUAGAAAAGAUAAAUCCUCUCUUCAAUGCCUGGAAGGGAACACAAAAUGACUUCAACUCCGCUUUGAAAAAAAUCUUUCCAAGAACUUUCUUCAGAGAUUUUACUCAGAUGAAUUACACAAUGAAGAAAGAACAGAUUUUUUUGGCUUUUGUAUGCCUGCUGCUUAGUUGUGCCUCUGCCCCUCUUACUGCUGUCCCUGAGGAAGAUGAAGAACAUACAAACAGCACAGAUGCUGAGUUGCCACCUUUGAAACUUGUACAUUCAUUUUGUGCAUUGAAAGCAGAUGAUGGUCCAUGUAAAGCAAUGAUGAAGAGGUUUUUUUUCAAUAUUCACACUCAACAGUGUGAAGAAUUUGUAUAUGGAGGAUGUGAAGGAAACCAGAAUCGAUUUGAAAGUCUGGAGGAAUGCAAAGAAAAAUGUACAAGAGAUUAUCCAAAGAAGAUUAGGACAAAGACAAUACUGCAAAAAGGAAAGCCAGAUUUCUGCUUUUUGGAAGAAGAUGCUGGAAUCUGUCGAGGUUAUAUUACUAGGUAUUUUUAUAACAAUCAGUCAAAGCAGUGUGAACGCUUCAAAUAUGGCGGGUGCCUCGGCAAUUUAAACAACUUUGAAUCACUGGAAGAAUGCAAGAACACCUGCGGGGAUGAAUUGAAUGAUUUCCAGGUGAAUGAUUAUAGAACCCCGCUUGAUGCUGUGAAUAAUGAUUCCUUGACUCCUCAGCCUACCAAAGCAUCCAGCUUCUUCGAAUAUUAUGGCCCCUCCUGGUGUCUGACCCCAGCAGACAGAGGAUUGUGUCAAGCCAAUGAAAGCAGAUUCUACUACAAUUCAAGCAUUGGGAAAUGCCGCCCGUUUAAGUACAGUGGAUGCGGAGGGAAUGAAAACAAUUUUACUUCUAAAAAAGCAUGUCUCAGGACUUGUAAAAAAGGUUUCAUACAAAGAAUAUCAAAGGAAGGAUUAAUUAAAACCAAAAGAAAAAGAAAGAAGCAGCCAGUGAAAAUAGUAUAUGAAGAAAUUUUUGUUAAAAAGAUAUAAAUUUGUUAUAUUACAACAUCAUUUCUACUAAAUAUUUUGGAUAAAACUUUUCAUUAUGAUUCCUAUUUUUUUCUUUCCUGAAAUCUUUUUAAUGAACAUUUUCAUGAAUUUUCUAUGCAUAUAUUACCUGCUAUUAAUAUAUUUGGACCAGAGUUCUUUUUUUAUCAGAUUGCUUAUUUUACAGCUAUAAUUUAUUAACUGACUCCUAUGAAUUUUCUUAUUCUCUUGAUUCCCUUUCUAACUUUCUGCCAUUUACCUACAAAUUAUCAUACUAAUGGCCACAUCAAGUAAGUCCGUUUUACUAUUUGGUAAUCGUAUAUUUGAGAGUGUGUUUUUUGUCACUUAUUUGUUUUGAUUAUGGAUACAAUGAUCUUCUUUAUAGACUAUGUCCAGAUUAAGAAGUACAGCUAUUAAAGAUCAAGUGGUUUUGGAGUUUCACAUCUAAAAUGGUGACAAGCACCUUCUUCUGCUAAAGAUCACUCAAUUGUGCAUUUGGAAAGAGCUGGUAAUAACACAGUUCUGUCAUGCGAUUCCCUCCUUAGACAUACUUUUUCUCCUAUUGUACUAACCAGUUCACAUAAGAAAAAUUUUACAUCUUGAGUUCAAAUAUUUAGUAUAUAAGUUACUGCCUUAAACAGGAUCUUUGCUGUGGAUUUUAAAACUUUUGGAAAUCAAAAUCCUCUGUGAAAUAUGUCUGUUGUCUUUUAUAUGUGGAAAGCAGUUUAAAAAAAAGUCUUAGGUCAAGUGGCAAGUUACCAUCAAGGUCAUAUAAACAACAAGUUGGUGAGUUGACUAUUUUCCCCAACAACCAUUCGUGGGUUCAUUACUUAGUCAAGAAAGACACAUACUGAGAGAUGGUUUGCAAUGCUUAAUGCAUGUGAAUAUUAUUUUUGCUGUGUUUUUAAAUAAGGGUCUCCCUUAUGGUGGUAUUGUCUUCCUUUGUUUUGCAUAAUCAAAUGAUGUAACUGUGAAUUUUAUAUAGAAUUACCUUAUAAAACAUAUACACAUAUUUACUGACCUUGUUUAUUCUCUGUUCAAAAUUAACAGGUUGUGCUGAAAACUGCUCAAAUGAUUUUAUUUUUUACAGUAUAAGAAAUAAAAUAUAUUAUCCUGAAUAAUAAAAUAUGAAUGUUGUA